AUUCGUAUAUUUCAAAUGUUGACUGGAUCCCUGUUGACAUUGCUUCUCAAAGCAUCGUUGAUAUUUCUUUAAAUGCAUCAUUUGACCACGACAUUGAUUAUAUUCGAGUUAAUCAUAUACUUAAUACAAAAAGAAUUACAUGGGAUGAAUUCUUAAAAUGUUUACAAAAAGGUGGAAUGGAUUUCAAAAUUGUUUCGAAUAAAAAAUGGUUAAAUACAUUAUUAAAAACACCCGAAUAUCAAGAUGUGGAUAAAAACCCUGUGGCAGCAUUAUCAGGAUUUUUUGAAAAAACUAUAAGUGAAUCAUCAGAUAGGAGUGAAGAACCAUUAUUUGAAACGCAUAAAUCAGUAAAUCGUAGUUUGGUACUUUCCAAUUGUCAAAAAAUUGAUGUAGAAUUA